GUGUGCGUGGGCUCUAUGCUGCUGUUGCAACAUCUUGACAUGGAAACUCCCUUCAACGUGCCCGCGGGUUCUGUGGUUCUGUUGCAACAUCUUGACCUGGAAGUUCCCUUCAAGGUGUCCGUGGGCUCUGUGGUUCUGUUGCAACAUCUUGACAUGGAACUUCCCUUCAAGGUGUCCUUGGGCUCUGUCGUUCUGUUGCAACAUCUUGACAUGGAAAUUCUCUUCAAGCUCUGUCGUUUUGUUGCAACAUCUCGACAUGGAAAUUCCUGGUCUGUGGGCUCUGUGGUUCUGUUGCAACAUCUUGCCAUGAAGAUUCCCUUCAAGGUGUCGGGGGGCUCUGUCGUUCUGUUGCAACAUCUUGACAUGGAAAUUCCCUUCAAGGUGUCCGUGGGCUCUGUCGCUCUGUUGCAACAUCUUGACAUGGAAGUUCCUUUCAAGGUGUCGUUGCACUCUGCCGUUCUGUUGCAACAUCUUGACGUGCAAUUUCCCUUCAAGGUGUCCCAGGGCUCUGUGGCUCUGUUGCAACAUCUGUUGCAACAUCUUGACAUGGACUUUCUAUUGAAGGUCUCCGUGGGCUUUGUGCUUCUGUUGCAACAACUUGACAUGGAAAUUCCCUUCAACGUGUCCGUGGGCUCUGCC